AAAUAAGUUAGAAGUCAACGGCAAACGUUAAGACUGUUUUCUUAGUCGCCUAACCUACAUAGCUGUUUAUGCUAACGUUAGCCGCAUGGAGCUCGGCAGUCACAUCAUAGAUUGCUGAGUUAACGCUGAACUAUCAACAUUUAGCAUAUUCUGAAUAACAGCAAACAGUUUUUUAUCCUGGUUUUCCCUGUCUAAGGAAUGGAUGCUACUCAGGUAAUCAGUGAGCCAAUUUUAGAGUCGGAUGAGGAAGAGAGUGAAGCGGAGAAUGAAAAUAAGAAGGGGCGACCACUGGCUAAAUUGUACAUCUUACAAAAUGAACACAUCCCAGAGACAGAAUUGCCCCUGUUUAUGGGAGACAAUGUGCUGGGCCGUGACCCCUCCACCUGCACACUGGCCUUGUCAGCACCCUCGAUAUCCAAACGGCACGCUACCAUCUGCAUCUCUGUCUUUCGGACCAGACGCCAGAGUGAAAUGGAUAUGGAGGCUUUGGUGUGGGACCUAGGAAGCAUGAAUGGGACUCAGAAAGGUCGCUUAAAGCUGACACCUAAUGUACGCUAUGCUCUUAGCGAUGGUGACAGGUUGGUGCUGGCAGACAUCCCCUGCCACUUUGUCAGCUGUGCCAUGAACUCAGCUUCUCCUCGAGGGGACUUGAGGACGCCUGUGAGCAGAAAUUCCAGGGUAAAGGCUGAGUUGCCAGAAGCCUCACAGGGAACGGGAGGCAGCAAAGGCACAGGAAACCCACCGUGUGUGAGCAGAGAAACAAAGGCUGAAGUGUCAUUAACAAAAACUCCUGUCAGUUCCAGUUGCCUGUCUUUUGAGCAAACUCCAGUCCAGCCACAGGGAACCCUGGUCUCAGAGUCUGACUCUGAGUCAGAAGAUGAAAGACGCGGAAAAAGAACCAGAACACGCAUGCUGCUCGCAUCUGAUUCUGACUCGCAUAAAUCCAGUCCAACAUGCUCAACAUUCUUAAGUCCCCCAAACAAAAUUGUCCCUGAAAGUGAGGAUGAAAGCCCCAUCACACCAUCAUCCUCCUUUAAAAAGGAACCGUUCAAAGGUGUUAGCCCAAGCAAGAAGCAGACAGAAGUAGAUAUGGAUCAACAGCAGCUGCUGCAGAAACAGGAAUUUGUUCUUGGAGAUGACAGUGAGGAAGAAGGAUCAACACCAGUUGUGAUGUCUAGGAAAAAGGAUCAACAUGUGACAGCAAAACUGGAAAGUAAAGUCCAUCUUGCAGGAGAUGAUGACUUGGCUGUUUGUACAUCAGAGGUCUCCACAAAUCCAGUCGCUAACUUUAACAUGGACAGUGACACUGAUAUGGAGGGAGAAGAGGAGGGAUUCACGUCUGCAGGUCAUGUGACGCUAAACUCAAAUCAAGUCAAUCAGCCACCAAACACAGAGCAGUUUCACAUGGACAGUGAUACAGAUGUUGAUGACGAUGAAGGUGCCUCACACAGAGUUCCUAAAACUGUGCCCUGCUCUGAUGACCACGUCAAACCGUUUCAUGUUAUUCAGCCUGAGGGAAUUGCUGUGGACAGUGACACUGAUGUAGACGACGAACCUGCUCUGUCAGAUGGUGCCAGAAAAGCAAAACCCAUGUCAUCUGCCUGCACUGCUGACACCGCUCUUUCAAAGCAGCAGAAAGAUUUCUGCCUUGACAGUGACACUGAUGUUGAUGAGGAAGCAGAAAGAGAAUGUGGACAAAAUAAAUCAAGCUCAAAAACAGAUGUUUCUCAAGCUAUGUUAGAUACAAACUCAGUUUCGCCCAAUUCUAUCCAUGCUGCACCACAUAGGCUGUCUCUAGACAGUGACACAGAGGAUAAAGCCCAACCUACCCCUGCCUUGAGUGAAGCCCCAAUGGUGUUUGCUCCCACAGAAGCAUUGCCUACUGCAGACACAAAAGCUGAUUUCGGUAUUCUGCCUGACAGUGACACAGAUGUGGAAGCUGAUUCUCCCCCGGUUGUACCCGUUGCUGCCACAACCUUAUCUGUUUCUCACACCAACAUGUCAGAAGCUCUUCAGUCAGAUUCAAGUGCUGACACAAAUGUAGAAGAAUCCAGCAUCUCCCCUGCUGGGAAUGUGGAUAAAUCAGCUGAUCACGGAGUGGACAGCAGUACAGAUGUGGACUAUAAAGAGACACACGUACAAAUCUCUGAACUGCAUAGAGAAGUAACACCUGAGCUUCCAUUUCCUGCGGUGCAGGCCUGUUCAACUCCUGUGCAGUGUUUAGGUGGAGAAAUGGAAAACAUGGAAACCCAGGCCUUCCUGAUUCCUUCUGUUUCUUUAGGAUCUAUAGCUGUCCCUGCUAUUGCAUCGUCCUCCUCAGACAGCCAGGAGGAGGAAGACUUUGUUGUGGCCGAAACACAGUCUUUCGUGCUUCACGACCAUAGUAACAACGCAGAUGACCACAUCACGGAACCUAUCCAUGGCCUUGAACCUUCUGAUGGGGAAAAAAAUGGGCACUCUAGCAAUGGAAGGUCCUUCCAUCUGGGAUUAUCAGAUAGCAGCCAUUUACAAUGUCAGACCCAGGAUCUGGCCAUGGAGAUCACCCAAGCUUUUGUCCCUGUGGAUAAGAGUUUGAAUCUGGAAGAUACCCAAGCAUAUGUAUCCGACUCAACUCCAGCCACAGCUACUGCAGAAAACGCAACAGAAAUUGAGGUUACACAGGCCUAUGGAGUGGAGGGGGAGCCUGUCACAUGUUUAGUAACGUUAGAGAAAGACAAGGUACAUUUUGCCUUAGAAGCAACACAGGCAUAUAUUUCAGAGCCCUGUAGUGAUUCAGAGAAUGAAAUUGAUGAAAUUAACUGCCCCACUUCAUCAACUCUUGCCAUUGCUGAAACCCAACCGAUGUCUGGCUUUGAAAAAGAGGAAAGUUUGGCAAGUGAAACAGAAGAGAGGGAAGAAUGUGGGGAGGUUGCUCAACCUCAGGAACAGUUCUUAAAUAAAGCUGUAUGUAUAGCAGAAACACAGCCUAUGCAAACAUGUAGUGAUGAAGAUCCAGAAAUUCCUAUAAACUCUGAGCUUUCUUCUAUUGAAACUCCAGUAGAUACAGUAGCAGAUGGAGAAAGUGAUGAGGACUCAAUUCCAGUUUCCAGAAAACGAAAAGCAAAGCCACUGCAACUUGAAGAGACUCAGUCUCUCUGGAGUCCUGGAGGGCCUCCUACUGAAACUCAGCCAGUGGAUGCAGUAAGAAACAGAGAAAAUGGAGAAAGUGAUGAUGAGGACAUAAUUCCGGGUCCACGAAAAAGAAAAGCGAAACCUCUGCAACUUGAAGAGGAGCAGACGCAGCCUCUCACUAAUGCCGAGUUAUCAGUUGGUGAAACUCAACCCGUGCACAUUGGUUUUGUUGAAACUCAGGCUAUGUCUACAAGGAGAAAUGGGGAAAGUGAUGUUGAAUCUGAAGGAAAAAAGUCACCAACUUUCAUAAACCCAGAGCUCUCCGCUGUUCAAACUCAGCCGGUGGAGGUGCCUGAAAAUGUAGAAAGCGAUGAAGAGGAUUCAUUUCCAGUUUCCCGAAAAAGAAGAGCUAAGCCACAGCAACUUGAAGAUACACAGACCUUGAGUAGUUCUGAAGCUUCCACUCAUGUAAGUCAGCCUGUCGGUGCAUGUGAGGAUGAGGAAAGCAUUAAGGAGGACUCAAUUCCAGGUCCAGGUCCUCUCCAACCUACUAAUCCUGAAAUCUCUACUGUUGAAACCCAGGCUACAAAUGAGAGCAUAAGGCAUCCUGAACCUGGAACUAGUGGGGUCAGUACUACAAAUAAAGGUGUGACUGAGGAGAAGUUAAAAGCUGAAGAGCAGAGUGCAAAUUGUUCUUCUUCGAAGAGACAGAUAAGUGGAAAGAAAAAGGCUUUGUCAAAAAGUAGAAGAAGAGUACAAUCCAUGUUGGAUGAGGUUGAGAGUGAGGAGGAGGAAAUAGAGCAGCCUAAAAAGGCUAGAGGAAACAAAUGUGUGAGCCCACAGAAAGAUGAAGAAGAGGAAAAGCGGCUUGAAAUUGAAAUAAAUCAACAUCAACAGGUGGAAAGUAUCGGCCUCAUAAAGUCAAAACACGAAGAGAGAAAUUCUGAAAAAGAUGAGAAGGAAAAUGGAGUGAGUGAGGCAAUUAAAAGGGAGGAGGAGGAGAUAGAGGGGCAACAUGAAGAAGAAAGAAAAGAGCACGAUAAACAAGGACGAUUCCAGGAACUCGACGAGCAACAAGAACACAAAGCUGAUGAAAACAUGCUCAAAGUGCCAACAAGAGGCCGAAGGACAUCCAGAAGAACAGCUGCUACAACAACUGCGGCAACCAACGAUGACGUCCCAGCGAGAAGAACCAGAUCGCGGUCCAACUCUUCCAACUCUGUCAGCUCUGAGAGGUCUGCUUCAAGUAUAAGCACCCAGGAGAUCCGGGGGAGAGGCAGAGGCCGAGGCAGAGGGGGAACGAGGAUCAGUGAGCCGCCUCAGGCAGCCACUGCCAGAAGCAGCAACAGGAGGAGGACAGUGGCUGCAGAGUCUCCUCAAGGAGGCCGCUCACGGUCCAACUCCUCCAACUCUCUCAACUCUGAGCUCUCCAGUUGCAGUGAAGUCUCUCAAAGCAGAGGAAGAGGAGGCAGGCAGCGAGGAAGAGGGAGGAAAACAGACUCCACCCCAUCUGUCAGUAGUCAGAGUGAUCAGAAUUCAGCUCCCAAACCUGGAGCCAGAGGCCGGAGGAGCAGAGCAGCAGAGGGAUCGACUAGUGGUGUUUUUCUAGUAGAUGAGGAGAAGGUGGACUCACUGCAGGCUGCCACCACAAGGGGGCAACAGCAAGCCAGUGCACAUGGCUCUGAACCUGUGGCUGCACAUGAGCAAGGCCAGUCAAACCAGGAGGGUUGUCAUGAUGGUGAGGAAUCCCUUCUGACUAAAAGGAAUGUCAGGGGCAGAGGCCAAAAAGCCAAGACUGAACCUUUAGAGACACUUGCAGUCAGUGAUGGAGAUGAGGCUAAACACAAUAGAAUGGGAAGGAAGAGAGAGAUGGUGCAAAAUACAGAGGGUGAAACCUGCAGAGGUAAAGACAAAGCCCAGACGGCAAACGCAGCAGAGGAAGAAGGAAAAGAAAAUCCUGUUCAGGCUAAAAGACGAGGCAGAGCGUCCACUCAGGCAAAGAAGAAUACAAAGGAAUCUGCCUCUGAAGUGGAGGCGAAAGAGGAGAGUGAGGACCCGGCGGCUGCUGGGAAGAGACAGCGAGGUCGACCAUCAGCAGCCAAGAAAAUGAAGACAGAGGAGCCAGAAGACGGUAGUGGAACAUCUGUCACAGCCGUGAACCAGGAAGCAAACCUGGUGGCACCACAGCCCCGGACCCCAACCAGCAGUGUGUCCCGGAAAAGGCAGCUCCCCGUGGACUCCUCCCCUGUGGCAAAGAGUCCUCGCUCCUCUUGUGCCUCACCUGUAGCCAGUGGUCAGGCUGCCAGACAGUCCUACAAGGUUCUGUUCACGGGUGUGGUGGAUGAAGCAGGGGGGAAGGUGCUGACUCGCUUAGGAGGCAGCAUGGCCAAAGGAGUGUCCGACAUGAACUGUUUGGUGACUGACAAAGUGCGCCGGACGGUGAAGUUCCUGUGUGCCGUGGCUAAAGGAAUUCCCAUCGUCACGACGCACUGGCUGGAAAAGAGUGGCAAAGCUGGGAGCUUCUUGCCUCCUAAUGCUUUUGCUGUGAAGGAUCCAGAGCAGGAAAAGAAGUUCAGCUUCUCCCUGCAGGAGUCUCUAAGGACUGCCAGCAGUCAGCUUCUCCUACAGGGUUAUGAGAUCCACGUUACAAAAUCAGUGAAACCAGAGCCACCUCAGAUGAAAGAUAUCAUUUCUUGCAGUGGAGCUACCUUCCUUCCUAAAAUGCCCUCAUCUUACAAGCUGCAGACUGUGGUGAUUUCCUGUGAGGAGGACUGGCUGCUGUGCGGCCCUGCUGUCUCUGCAUCUCUACCAGUUGUCACUGCAGAGUUCAUUCUCACUGGCAUCCUUCAGCAGAAAGUUGAUGUCCAGGCCUACGCUCUGCCGCCUCCUGCCACUAACCCACAGCCUGCAGCAGGGAGGGGAAGAGGCAGGAAGAAGACAUGAGAUCAGCAGCAGACAGUACAUGCAGUGACGCAUGUGCAUAUGUGCUGGAAGGCUGUGCUACUGUGUUUAGCAUUUGUUGAUUCUCUUUUAAAAUCCAAGACUGAUAGAAGCGCUAGCGAGUCUGGUCAUUGCACGGAACAUUUGAAGUAUCUGUUCGCUAAAUGUGAAAACAUUUUGUGCGUACAUCAGUGCUGGAAGCAGAGAUAUCCAUUUUACAGUUAGAUGGAAAAGCUAAUUUUAGAUAUAAUGUAAGACACUAGUUACCAAAAAAAUGGGUGGCAACUUUUUAUGGUUAAUAAUCCUGUCAUCACUGCUCAACACUCCGCCUUGUGAGAAUGAGUUUGUCCAGAGCAUCAACAAGCGGAGCAGGAAUUAGCAGCACAACUGUUGCCCCUGUGUGUUGUGUGCUAAGUGCUUGAGUCCAGCCAGCCAGUUUGGCAGCUAACCAACCAUGAACGGGGCGUUGUAUUAAAUCAUGUUUGCCGGUAGAGUCGUGGCGCUGAUGGGGUUCUGUUGAAAAUCCAUCAGCUACAGUGAGCCACUACAUUAAAAACAGGCUUGUUUCCUGUCUGAUAAUAAGUGCAGCGUGCCUUUUAUAAUGAGGUAAUCAAGAAGCUACCAGUGUCUCUGUUGUUCUUCUGUCUCCAUUAGCCACAAUCACCUGCUCCAUUAAGGCUUCAUCCACUCCUAUUACCUCCAGGAGCGGGACGCAACAUAGGCUCAUGAAUGCUGAUGCUGCUUCUCCAUGUUUUUGUCUUCAUCUUCUGCAUGUGUGUGUUCUGUAUGUGUCAUCAGUGGUGUGAUACUGUUGUAUACACAGUUUGUUUCAUUUCCCCUUAUAAUGCUGCAUUAUUGGUGUUUUUAAGUCGGAAUCAUUAGCUUGCCUGUUUUUACACCUGUUGUUUAGCUAAUGUCUUAACACUGAGUUUGUAUUCACACCAAAUCAUGACAUCUGUGUGUGUUAGCAAUGAAUGUGUUCUAUCGCCUUUGA